UUCUUACAUUGUUAAACUAUUUAAAGAACAAACUUACCAAGUAGACCCUUUUUAGUGUAAUCCAAAGGAAUAUAGAAUUAUGACAUGAUAUGCCUAUAAGGUCCCUUGUCAAAAGCCGAGUUAAGUUCACAUUCAUCACUCUCAACCUUUCGGUGUUGGCGUUUUUCUUUCUUCUACUGUUCAGCGACAGUGACAAAUUUCUGACUGCUAGACUAGCAUCUGUAAGAAAAUAUGGCCCACCAGCCCUCACAAAUGAAUCUUUGGAAGUUCAGACAAGGGAAGACUAUUUGGUGUCUCUCCUGGGUGAUCAAAUGUUUCUGUACGCUUCACUGCUAGGUAUAGCUCGAGCUAAAAAUAGACAGCCCUUGAUUGAGGGUGGUGAAAAUUUACGAAAAAUAUUCAACAUUUCCAUUACGAAAAACUACAUUCGUGCUUCAGGGUGGCCCGUGUUGAGUACUUGGAGAACUGAAGCUGCUCACGCGGAACUCCCGAGGAUAAACCUCACCCUCAGGGGUCAGUAUCAGUCGUGGAAAUAUUUUCAUCUCGUCCAGGAGGAGAUUCGACGAGAGUUCACGUUUCACCCAGAGAUCCAGAAUUUCGCCAACCAAUUCUACAAAAACCUCAGGAGAUUGUAUCCAUCGUUGACGUUUGUUGUGACGUUUGUUGGUGUACACAUCUACAGGGGGAAGGUCCAACGAUCGGUAGCCAGGAAGUUAAUUAUAGCCCCCUUAUCUUACUUUACUAAAGCCAUCAAAUUAAUGAGGAGCUUGCUGUCCGGUACAGCUUUGUUUAUCAUCAGCAGUGACGACCCGCUGUGGUGCAGGGAGAACUUCAGUGACCAACAGGACCUGAUUGUCCUAGACUCAGGUCCUGCUGCAGGACAUUUGGCCAUUUUAGCCAGCACAACUCAUCUGAUCAUCUCGACUGGAUCGUUCGGCUGGUGGGCAGCUUGGCUCGCUGAUGGAGCUACCAUCUAUUAUAACAACGUAAACAAUCAGACGUCAACAGAAAGUGAAUAUUUCCCUCACAAAUGGAUUGGUAUAAGAGAUUAAAAAAAUAGUUGAAAC